AUGGUCGCUAAAGUACUGAUAUUCACAAAAAAUAAAUUACCAGAAAUGUUCGAAGAGGUUUUCAGUACAGAAGACGACAUGACACUAAAUAAGGACAAAGAAAUGCAAAGAAUAUUUAAGUUAACAGGAUAUCAUUUGAGGACAUUUAGGAGUUUAAGUUCAGAAGACAAUUCGUUUUUAAGAUUAAGAUCUCUGAUUAUAGAACACCAAAAAACAUUAAGAUUUGUAGAAAAUUUAAAUGAAGCCAUCAAGUACGCUGUUCUAUUUGAAUUUGUUAUGGGUUCGCUUAGUCUGGCAUCUGUAACAUUUCAACUAAUAACGGUUUCAGAGUACACCAAGUUGAUAUUUGCAGGCAUUUUGUUUUGCUUCCAAAUCAUUCAAAUUUUUAUUUUUGCAAUUACUGCGAACGAGAUACAAGUGCAGAGUGUUGCUGUGGCUACUAAUGCUUAUAUGAGUCCUUGGUACAACGAAAAUAAAAAAAUACGUCAGAUGAUAGCGAUGAUUAUAUUGAGAGCUCAGAAACCUGCUGUAAUCACUAUAGGACCAUUUAAACCAAUGACACCCGAAACUGCUAUUAUGGUUAUGAAAUCUGCGUAUUCCUAUGUAGCUGUAAUGAAAGAAUCUUUGGUGAAAAAAUAAUAUUCUGAUCACUUGCUGGCCGUAUUAAUAUUACACGUUCCUCUUUCUAUUUAAA